AUGGGCGAUGGCCUUUGGCGCCUGUCUGGGCGGCAAUGGCACCCUCAUCGGUGCGUCGGCAAACGUGGUGGCGGCUGGCAUAGCGGAACAGUACGGGCGGCCAAUCUCCUUCAACUAUUUUUUCAAGAUGGGCUUCCCGUGCAUGAUGGUCUCCACGCUGACCGCGACCGCCUACAUGCUCGUGACGCACGUUCUCAUCGGGUGGUAUUAAUCCACAAUUCCGGACGUACGCACAAGAGCCAACAAUUUUGUGACUACUGCAGUUGUAGCGUCAACAACGAAGUUUAUGCAGCAAGAAGAUCGUGCACCGGCUCAUCCUGUACCUGGCCCUGUGCCAGUCGCGAAUCGGUCGCACCGUCUCCGGCGGCACGCAGCUGCUGA